AUGUCUGCCGACACAACCGCCAUAUCGCCAGCCCGCUUCGCCUCCGCAAUCAAAGAUCUCUCCAUCGGCAUGCUUCACCUAAAAGUCCUCGAAAUCCGCAACUCCAUCGCCCACCUCCAAUACUCCAACGACCAGCUCAAGCCCUUCGCAGAUGGCACAUCCGUCGCUCUCGGCGGCGAAUCCACUUCCAGCGCAGAGCCAGACCAGGACUGCAUCGACGCCAUCAAGGAAAAUGAGGUUGUCAUCGACCGCAUGGCAGAGCGCCUGGCUAUUGUGCGCAUGGAAGUAGAAGACCGAGGCAUCAGCUGGACCGAGUUUCAGAGCCAAGAUGAGGUGGCUGUGGCGGGAGCGGCAGCAAACACUGAUGCUGGCGUCGAGGGGAUUGAAGAGGCUGCUAUAAACGGACUUGUUAAUGGAGAGCUUGCUACUAGCCAGGCCGGCGAGACGAGGCAUUCGGCUUGGACGGACGGCACAUUCCAGACCGGCACAAUAUCAAACGGCCAAGUACGGUUUAAUAGCCAACCGACAGGGCAAACUAGGCCAGCCAGCGAUAAUGCUGCGCAAUCCACGACGCAAGGAGGAGAAGGCCAAGAUGAUACUGAGGAGGAUGGUCUACAUCUAUAA